GACGCGAAGAGAGCAAAGAGAGAGUGAUAGAGACAAACACUGUGAAAGAGUGAGAGAGAAAGGGCAGAAAGAGGAAAAGGAGAGGGCAAAGGGGGUUUGCCUGGGGCGCCUCAACAGCUCUCCCAGAGGGAGUUAGCACACGGAGCGACAGCCAAGAGGACGUCAGCGACUGACGAGAGUGUGCUGGGCGGUGAGGUUGACCGGGCUGGCUGCCACCUCUCCCUCUCCCUCUCCCUCUCUCUCUCUCUCUCUCUCUUUCUUUCUCUUUUCUCUCUGUCUCUCCCCACCCGCUGACUGAGUAAAGGAAAAAUGUCCAUCUCCCUGUGGAAUAAGGAGUCCGCUUGCGGCAAGAACCGGAGAAACUGAGCGGCAGGGCGGGCGGGCAAUGCGAGAUCGGAGUUCCGCUGGGGCGAGAGCGAGCGGUGCCGUGUGCGGUUUGUCCGGUGGGAAAUAGCGGGGCAUGUGAGAGGAGUCCGCCAUGGGGAACAUGUGCGGCUGCGUGCGCGGGCCGAAGGAGGAGUGCUACGUGGACCCCAACAAGGCUCCGCUCACGCCGGGCGUCAAGGACCUCCGCGGCGGCGGCCGCCGCUACUUCCAGCGGAGGAAGAAGCGCAAGUCGGGCGACUUCCAGCCCGGGGACUCUCUGAAAAGCCGCGGAGGGGAGAGCGUCCAGAGCGGAGCCCAGCAGGAGCCUCCCCCGGACGGGGCUGGCGAGAGCCGUGACGGGGCCGCCGGGUGCCGCGAGACGGAGGCGGCGAGGCCCAAACUGGGCAGCCUCAGCGAGGGCGUUUACGUCGGCGAGGUUCCCGUGGCGUCCAGGUCCCGCGGAGGGGCUUCGGCCGCGUGUCGGAAAAAGCUCGCGUCGGCGCACGGAGCACGGCGGGCGAGCGACGACGAUGACGAUGCGGACCGGGAACUGGGCGGUGAACCCGCCGCGGCGGAGCGGAGCCUUCGCGGCGUGACCCGCACCUCGCGGCGCCUGGCCCAGGCCAAGGACGGCCUGCUGGAACGCCGGCUCCUGCAGAGGCAGCUGCGGCGGGCGGUCAGCUUCGGGGCCGUGGAGCACAUGCUGCGGACGCUGCGCGCCGGCCAGCGGGACGCAGAGGACCGCAUGCUGGAGGACGUCAAGGGGCUCCGCAGGCUCAUGUGCAGCACGCAAGUGCACCGGAAGCGGAGGCGGGCGCACACAUGCUCGGAGGCUUCCGCUUCCCAGGGUUCCCUGGACGGCAUCCAAAAACCGGUCAAGUACACGACCGUCAAACCCUCUGAGAUCUCGGACAUCCACGUGACGGGAGAGUCCGAGGACAUGACAGCCAAGGAGCGUCUGCUGCUCUGGUCGCAGCAGAUGACCGAGGGCUACGUGGGCGUCCGCUGUGACAACUUCACUACCUCUUGGAGGGAUGGAAGACUGUUCAACGCCAUCAUUCACAAAUACAGGCCCGACCUGGUAGACAUGAGCAGAGUGUCAGGGCAGACCAGCAGGUCGAAUCUGGAACAAGCGUUUGGCGUGGCCGAGCGGCUCGGUGUUGCCAGGUUACUGGACCCAGAGGAUGUGGAUGUGCAAACUCCAGACGAGAAAUCUGUCAUUACCUACGUUUCAACACUGUAUGAUGUCUUCCCAAAAGUACCUGAGGGGGCUGAAGGUGUCAGUGCAAAUGAUGUCGACAUUAAAUGGGUGGAAUACCAGAACAUGGUCAAUUACCUCAGCCAAUGGAUCAAACAUCACGUGGCUGUCAUGUCAGACAGAACGUUCCCCAACAACCCUGUGGAGCUCAAGGCACUUUAUACACAGUAUCUGCAGUUUAAGGAGAGUGAAAUCCCACUAAAGGAGAAUGAGAAGUCAAGGAUCAAGCACCUGUAUAAAAUGCUGGAGGUGUGGAUUGAAUUUGGUCGUAUCCACCUUCCCCAAGGCUACCAUCCCAACGACGUGGAGAAGGAGUGGGGGAAGCUGAUCGUGGCCAUGCUUGAGCGGGAGAAGAGCCUGCGGCCAGAGGUGGACAGACUUGAGAUGCUGCAACAGAUCGCAAACAGAGUGCAGCGGGACUGUGUGGCCGGCGAAGACAAGCUAGCGUUGGCACGCAUAGCUCUGCAGUCUGAUGCCAAGCGGUUGGAAUCGGGGAUCCAGUUCCAGAAUGAGGCGGAGAUUGCAGGGUAUCUCCUGGAGUGUGAGAACCUUCUGCGGCAACAGGUGGUGGACAUCCAGAUUCUCCUGGAUGGCAAAUUUUACUUGGCUGAUCAACUUGUUCAAAGGGUCUCCAAGCUUCGGGAUGACCUGUUGACCCUCAGGUCAGAGUGCUCGUCGGUCUACAGUCAAGGCCGCACGCUCACCACGGAGCAGACCAAGAUGAUGAUCUCGGGCAUCACGCAGAGCUUAAACUCAGGUUUCUCCAGCGCUGGACUCACCCCGGCCCUCACCCCCGCCACCCUCACCCCCGGGGGCCUCGCCUCUGGCCUGACGCCGUGCCUAACCCCCGCCAUGACCCCAGCCAUGACCCCAGGCCUGCAGACGUACGUUAGUGGAGGAGGAGGCGGUGGCGGUGGUGGUGGUCUUGGUGGUGUUGGAGGGAUGGACAUGGGGACUCUUCAGCACCUCAAACAGAUGCAGAUCCGCAAGCCCAUGGUGAAGUCGGCCGACCCCAACCUGAGCGAAGAGGAGGUCAACAUGAGCUACGUGCAGGACCUCAUCAACUGGGUGGAGGAGAUGCAGGUCCAACUGGAUAAAGCAGAAUGGGGAUCUGACCUACCAAGUGUUGAAUCACAUCUGGAAAAUCACAAGAGUGUCCACCAAGUGAUAGAGGAAUUUCAGAUGAGCCUGAAGGAAGCCAAGCUUAGCGAGAUCCAGAUGAACCAACCAUUUAAAGCCAGUUACUCUGAGAAACUGGGCAUAUUGGAGAACCAGUAUGGGAAAUUGCUGAACUGUUCGCGGGAGAGAAAGAGGCACCUGGAGAGUCUCCGUGACUUUGUCUCCCGGGCGACCCAGGAGCUCAUCUGGCUCAAUGAGAAGGAGGAAGAGGAAGUGGCCUUCGACUGGAGUGACCGCAACAGCAACGUCAAUAAGAAGAAAGAGUACCAUGCUGACCUGAUGAGAGAACUUGACGAGAAGGAGGAGGUGAUCAAGUUUGUGCAGGACAAGGCUGAAAUGCUGCUGGCUGAAAACCAUCCUGCAAGACUCACCAUUGAAGCGUAUAAGGCUGCCAUGCACACCCAGUGGAGCUGGAUCCUCCAGCUGUGCUCGUGUGUGGAGGAGCACCUGAAGGAGAACAGCGUCUACUUCGAGUUUUUCAGCGAAGCCAAAGAGUCCCUUGACUACCUGAAGGGCCUGCAGGAUGCCAUUCAAAGGAAAUAUGGGUGUGAUCGGACAAGCAGCCUGCACAGGCUUGAAGAUCUAAUCCAGGAGUCCAUGGAUGAGAAGGAGCAGCUCCUGCAGUACCGCAGCACGGUGGCGGGCCUGGUGCGGAGGGCCAAGGACGUGAUCCAGCUGAAGCCGCGGAGCCCCGACAGCCCCAUCCGAACGUCCCUGCCCGUCAAAGCCAUCUGUGACUACCGCCAGAUAGAGAUCACCAUCUAUAAAGACGACGAGUGCGUGCUGGCCAGUAACUCUCACCGGGCAAAGUGGAAGGUGAUCAGUCCAGCAGGAAAUGAGGCAAUGGUGCCCUCCGUGUGCUUCACCAUCCCACCGCCCAAUAAGGAGGCGGCGGACAUGGCCAGCAGGAUUGAGCAGACCUAUCAAAAUGUUCUAGCACUCUGGCACCGGUCCCAUGUCAACAUGAAGAGUGUGGUGUCCUGGCACUACCUGAUGGCAGACAUCCAUGCCAUCCGGAACAGCAAUGUUGCCUCGAUUAAGACCAUGCUGCCAGGAGAGCACCAGCAGGUGCUGAGCAGCCUCCAGGCUCACUUCGACGAGUUCCUGGAGGACAGCGAGGAGUCCGAGGUCUUCACCAUGUCCGACCGGACUCAGCUGGAGCGAGACGUCCUGGCCUGCAAGGAGUACUACGAGGAGCUGCUGAAGUCUGCGGAGAGAGAGGAACACGAGGAGUCUGUGUACAACUCCUUCAUCUCAGAGAUCCGCAACUUCCGCAUGCGUCUGGAGGGCCAGGAAGAGCAGCUCAUCCGUCAGAUCCGCACGCCUCUGGACAGAGACGACCUCCAGCAGAGCAUCAUGCGCAUCACUGAGCAGGAGAAGAAGAAAGCGGACCUGGACCAGCUGAAGGAGGAGAUCGAGGUGAUGAGGGAGAAGUGUGAGCUGUUCCUCAGACAGGCCACCUCCUCCCCUCCCUCUCUCUCCGCGGAGCUGCAGAACCUUGUCCAGGCUACUGGUCUUGUCCACUCCAUGUGCUGCAUCUACCUGGAGAAGCUGAAGUCCAUCAGUCUGGUGGUGAAGCACAGCCAGACUGCUGAGUCGUUAGUGAAACUUUACGAGGCCAAACUGUGUGAGGAAGAUGCACUCAACGCAGACAUGAAGUCCAUUGAAAACAUAGUGAGCACUCUGAAGCUGUGGCGCUCAGAAAUUGACGAAAAGAGAGAAGUUUUCCAUGACCUUGAGGACGAGCUGCAGAAAGCCCGUGUCAUAAGUGACCGCAUGUUCAAAACACACAAUGAACGAGACUUUGACCUCGACUGGCAUAAGGAGAAAGCCGACCAGCUGGGAGAGAGAUGGAGUAGUGUCCAUUCACAGAUCGAGAGCAGGCUUCGCGACUUGGAGGGUAUUAGCAAGUCUCUGAAGUACUACAAAGAUGCGUACGGAAGUUUGGAUGAGUGGGCCACUGAGCUGGAGACUGUUCAGAUGAAGAUGCAGGAGAACCAGCCAGAGGAUAGCAAAGCCCUGGCGGAGCUUCUAAACAAACAGAAGUUGCUUGUAUCUGAAAUGGAGCAGAAACAGAGUAAGAUUGAUGAAUGUCAGAAAUACUCUGAACAAUACUCCGCUGGAGUUAAGGACUAUGAGCUACAGAUGAUGACCUAUAGAGCGAUGGUGGACUCCCAACACAAGUCUCCUGUUAAGCGGAGAAGACUCCAGAGCUCUUCGGACACUAUCCUGCAGGAGUUUAUGGAUCUACGUACCCGCUACACCACGCUAGUGACGAUGAUGACGCAGUAUGUGAAGUUUGCCAGUGAGACAUUGAAAAGGACAGAGGAAGAAGAGAGGAGGAAGGCCUCAGAGAGAGCUGAGUACAUCACCUGGACAGAGACCACAGAGCUGCAGAAAGAGACAAGCCAGGGGGAGAUCUCCCGGCUACAGCGGCAGAAAACUGUUGAGGAGGAGAAAAAAGAGCACGGUGAUAAAGUUAGCAAGCUUUUAAACUGGGUGUCCAGUGUGAACUCGAGCAAAGACGAGAACGUUGGAAAAGAUGGUAAAGCCGUCUCAGAGAGCUCUAGUAUGCCCAAGGCAUCUAUGGAGGAAAUGGUGACGAAGAAGGAACAGAUUGCAGAAGCACUGAGGAUGACACAGCUGAUGCUCACUAAACACAGUGACAAGAUGACUGAAGAGGAGAAACAGGAGGCCGAAGAGCAGCUGAAGGCUCUGCAGCAGGCCUACAAUGAUCUCUCCCAACAGUGCACUGAUGCACAGGCUCCCUCUACUGACAAGGCAAAGAAGGAUGUGGCGGACAAGCAGAUGGAGUUUUCGGGGAAGCUGCAGGAUCUUUGUGAGAACCUCACUCAGACAGAGAACCGGCUCAUCGGGCACCAUCAGCAGACGCAGACUAUUGCCACCAACAACAUGGAGGACCUGCAGCAGUACCGACAAGAACAGCAGGCGCUGCAAAAAGAGAUUCAGACGAAUGCCAGAGCUUUAAAUGAAGUCAUAAGCAGUUCUAAGAAGUUCUUAGAGGAAAAUCGCAGCAACCUCUCGCCAGAGCAGAUAGCUGAUGUUGAGAACAAACUGGAGGAGGCCAAGAGCAAGGCCAACAUGCUCAACGAAAAAGCCGAGGAGUCCAGGAAAGACCUGGAAAAGGUUGUGACCACAGCAAUCAAACAGGAAACAGAAAAGGUCGCUGCUGUGGAGCAACUAGAGGAGAGCAAAACCAAAAUCGAGGGCCUGCUGGACUGGAUCUCGCACGUAGGGAAGGAGAAGGGGGCCGGGGACAGUGCACAGAAGGAGCAGACCGGCACAGAGAAUGGCAACUUGCCCAUGGAAACCGCAGUGGACGAUCCCAAUGGAAAUGCAGUGGACACCACUGACGGCCUGCCCAUUAUCUCCAGCAAAGACAAGGACUCAGAUAGUUCGGAUUUGGACGGGCAGUUUGAUAAAGUGAAGGCCCAUCAUCAGGAGAUCCUAUCCCAGCAGCAGGACCUGAUCAUCGCCACCCAGUCUGCCCAGGCACUGCUGGACAAGCAGGCCCACGUGCUGUCGCCGGCCGAGAAGGACAAGCUCCAGCGGGACAUCCAGGAGUUGCGCGGCCGUUACGAGGCCUCGCUGACGCAGGCCGAGCAGCAGAUGAAGCAGGUGCAGGCCGUCCAGGAGGAGCUGGCCAAGUUCCAGGGCGACUGCGCCGACUUCCAGGCCUGGCUGGGGCAGGCCCAGGGGGAGGCCGAGGAGCUGGGGGAGCCGGCCGGCCAACUGGACGUGCUGGACGACAAGCUCCAGAGGCAGCGCGGCUUCGCCGAGGACGUCAUCUCGCGAAAAGGGGACCUGCGCUUCAUCACCAUCUCCGGGCAGAAGGUGCUGGACGCGGCCAAGGCCUGCAGCCACGGCGACCACGGGAGCAAGGACGCACUCCCGGAGGUGGACAUGUCAGGAACCUGUGCAGAAGUGCAGGAGAAGCUGGAUGCAGCCGCUAGUGAAUACAAGGCUCUGCACUCUCAGUGCAAUCAGUUGGGCUGCAACCUCAAAGACGUGGUUGAGAAGUUUAAGAAGUACGAGGAGGCCAGCGGCGGGCUGCAGAAGUGGCUGGACACCUCAGAGGAAGAGGCUCGCAAGCAGCAGUCGGAGCCCAUCGCUGCUGACCCACAGACCCUACAGAAACAGCUGGAAGACACCAAGGCUCUGCAAGGUCAGACGACCGGGCGACAGGCUGCCGUGGAAACGCUGCGCAAAACAGCUGAUGCCCUUAUCACAGCCGAGGGGGACCUGCUGACCAAUCAGGAUGAGAUCCAAGAAACAGUGGAUGACAUCGUGGAGAGAUAUGACAACCUGUCCAAGUCGGUCAGCGACCGCAACGAGAAGCUCCAGGUGACGCUGACGCGCUCGCUGAGUGUGCAGGACGGCCUGGAGGAGAUGGUGGGCUGGAUGGGGCGGGUAGAGGAGACCCUGGGGAAGAAGGAUCGCGUGCCCCUGGACUCGGCCAGCCUCGGAGACGCCCUCAGCAAAGAGGCAGCUCUGGAGCAGGACAUGUCAAGUCGUCAGAGCAGCAUCUCAGCCAUGCAGGCCAAAGUGAAGAAGUUCGGAGAGACGGCUGAGCCAGCUGCUGCCGCCCAGCUUCAGUCCAAGAUGGCCGCCCUCUCGCAGCGUUUCAGCGACGCCUGCAACAAGCACAAGCAGAAGGUGUCCGACCUGGAGCAGCUGAAGGACAAGGUGGAGGAGUUUGAGAAGACCUCCGAGAAGGUGCAGCAGUUUGUGCUGAAGAGGUCUCAGGAGCUGUCGGAGACGGACGGGCCGGGCAAGAACGUCAACGAGCUCUCCCAGCUGGUGCAGGACACCAAUGAGGAGCUAGCAGAACAUGCCAAGGAUGUGGAGACUCUACAGAGACUUUCAAAGGAGCUGUCCCAACUGGGCACAGAGGCCAGUAAAGCCCAGAUCCAGGGCAAGAUGGACACUCUGUCCAGCACCUUUAACGCCUUCAAAGACACAGUGAGAGAAAAGAGAGAGGAGGUUACGUCAUGCCAAGACCAGCUGGGAGAGUUCAAAGCAGCAGCAGGGGCCCUGGUGAAGUGGCUGGAGGAGAAGACAGGGAAAGUGCCAGUGGUUCAGCCCAACUGCGGCGACAAGGGCCUGGGAAAGGCCCUGAAGACGGUCAACGCACUGCUGGAAGAAUGGACCUCCAAGGCUCCCAUGGUUCAGGAUAUAAAUAGCAAAGGCUCUGCUCUGUGUAGCCUAAUCAGUGUUUUGACAUCUCCUGCCAAGGCCAAAAUCCAUCCGAAAUCAGGGUCAGCUGUUACUAAUGGCUCUGGACCAGGAUCGCAUGCUUAUUUAACCAAUAAAGAGUUGAUGGUGGUCCAGCAGAGCAUGGCCCAGGUGGACGAGGGUUACAGGACCCUGGGGGAGCUGCUGAGGGCUCGGGAGGCCGAGCUGAGCCGCCGACGCGGGGACAUAAAGGAGGCGCGCGAGCAGGGUGGAGCCAUGAAGACCUGGCUGGCAGACAUGAAGAAGACGGCGGCGUCUUGGAGCGCCGCCGGGGCUGCUGGGAAAGACUCCGUCAAAGCACAGAUGGAGCAACAGAAGGCCUUUGAAGACGGCUUGAAACAAAAGCAGACCGAGCUGCAGCAGCUGAGAGAGAAGCUUCUUCAGCUGAUCGAGCAGAACCCGGACUCACCCGAAGCGGCCAAGUGGAAACAGAUGCUGGCCGAGAUAGACGCAGCGUGGGAAGAGGUGAGCGGCUCGGUGGCGGACAGGAAGCAGCACCUGGAGGCGUCGUCCCGCAUGCUGGAGCUCUUCCAGACGGCCGAGCCGCAGCUGCGCCAGUGGCUGCAGGAGAAGGAGCUGAUGGCCGGCGUGCUGGGGCCCCUGUCUGUGGACCCCAACAUGCUCAAGAUGCAGAAGCAGCAAGUCCAGAUUCUCCUCAAGGAGUUUGACAGCCGCAAGCCCCAGUAUGACCAGCUGAACGAGGCUGCGGCGGCCAUCUUGAGUUCGUCGGGUGCACAGGACCCGUCUGCCGGGGCGGUGAAGGAGCAGCUGGCCUCCGUCACCCAGAAAUGGCAAGACCUGACCGGGCAGCUGGGCCAGCGGGCCGGCCUCAUCGACCAGGCCGCGGGCAAGACGGCCCAGUUCCAGGAGCUGCUCCGCGGCCUCGCCGAGAGCUCGGCCGCCCUGGAGCUCCAGCUGGAGGGUCAGCAGGCGCUGAGCUCGCAGCCCGACGCCGUCAAGAAGCAGCUGGAGGCCACCAACGCCACCCUGGCCCAGCUGAGGGACGAGCGGAAGCGGCUCAAAGAGGCCGAGGCGCUGUGCGGCGAGCUGUCGGCCCUCGUGGCCGAGGAGUACCUCCGCGCUGACCUCGCCAAGCAGCUGGACGCCGUCACCAAGCCGUUCAAGGUGUUGGAGGACAAAGCAGGGAAACGUAUUCAGCAGCUCAACUCGGCCUUUGCCAGCUCGCAGCAGUUCCACCAGACGUCCAAAGACUUCCAGGACUGGCUGGACGAGAAGCUUCUGGAACAGACGGGGCCGCAGCCCGUCUCGGCCAAGGCCGAGGUCCUGCGGCGGAGCCUGAGCGAGCACGCGGCCGCGCAGAAGGCGCUCGGCGAGCACGAGGAGUCGUACGGCACCAUCGUGCGCGAGGGCGAGGCCCUCCUGCAGAGCACGGAGGGCGCGGAGAAGGCGGCGCUGCAGGGCCAGCUGGCCGCGCUCAAGUCCAACUGGGAGGACGUGAGGCGGGCGUCGGCCGAGCGCGGCGAGAAGCUCCAGGGGGCGCUGCAGCUGGCGCGGCGCUACGGCGAGCAGGCCGACAAGCUGAGCGCCUGGCUGCAGGAGAGCGAGGGCCGCGGCGGCGGCGUCAAGGUCAGCGCCAGCCCGGCGGAGGUGGAGAGCGCCCUGGCGCAGGUCAAGGCCAUCCAGAAGGACGUGGACAAGCACCGCGGCCAGGUGGAGCUGCUCAAGACGGCCGCCGACAGCCUCCUGGAGGCCAGCACGGCCGACGGCGAGGCGGUCCGGGAGGAGCGGGCGGCCAUCGAGAAGGGCGUGGAGAAGCUGAGCGAGCGGCUGCAGGACAAGAAGGAGUCGCUGGAGAAGCUGGCGCAGAAGCUGAAGGAGUUCGGCGACACCCAGAAGCAAGCCAAGGACAAGCUGGACGGGGCCAGGAAGCAGCUGGACGGCCAGUCGGCUCUGGGCGUGCAGGCCUACAGCAACAAGAACCUGAGCGGCAUGAAGGCCCAGCAGAAGACGCUGGCCGAGGUGGAGCAGCAGGUCCGGCAGCUGACCAGCCUCGCCCAGGGCCUGGUGGUGGACAUGCCCGAGGCCGACGGCGUCACCGACCUCCUGCUGCAGGCCGACAGCCUGGAGAAAGAGCACGGCGCCGUCCGGAAGGAGGUGGAGGGCGUCUGCUCGGCCCUGGAGGGCAAGCUGCAGGGCAUCGGUAAGUUCCAGAGCAGCGUCCGCGAGAUGUUCGCCAGCUUCGCCGACCUGGACGACGAGCUGGACGGCAUGCCGCCGGUGGCCCGCGACGCCGAGGCCCUCCGAGCGCAGAGGGACGACGUCCGGGGCUUCGUGGAGCGGCUGACCGAGCUGACGGCCAACGCGGCCAACGCCAAGGACACCUGCCGGAAGAUGCUGGAGACCGAGGCCUCGCCGGACCUGCUGGGCGCCAAGAGGGACCUGGAGGCCCUGGCCAAGCAGAGCGGCAAGCUGAUGGACCGCGCCCGUGGCCGGCAGGAGCAGGUGGACGGCACCCUGGGCCGCAUGGAGGAGCUCCAGCAGAAGCUGCAGGACUUCACCGCCGGCCUCAAGAAGGCGGAGGAACAGGACGAGUCCCAGGGCCCCGUCGGCAUGGAGAUGGACGUCAUAAACCAGCAGCUGGAGUCAUUCAAGGUCUUCCAGAAAGAUGCAAUUGAGACGUUACAGGCCCAGUUACAAGACCUGAACUGGAUUGGCCAGGGACUUAUUCAAAAUGCUGCCAAAGGGACCAGUACCAAGGCCUUGGAGCAGGACCUAGAGGAUGUCAACACCAGAUGGAACUCGCUUAACAAGAAGGUGGCGGAGCGCUCGGCCCAGCUGCACGAGGCCCUGUUGCACUGUGGGAGGUUCCAGGACGCCCUGGAGUCUCUUCUCAGCUGGCUAACAGACACGGAGGAGCUGGUGGCCAACCAGAAGCCUCCAUCUGCCGAAUUUAAAGUGGUCAAGGCCCAAAUACAAGAGCAGAAACUCUUGCAGAGGCUGCUGGACGACCGCAGGCCCACAGUGGAACUGAUUAAGAAGGAGGCGGGGAAGGUGACGGAGCUGGCGGAGACGGAGGACAAGGAGAAGGUCAGCCGGGAGGUGGAGGGCCUGGGGCAGCGCUGGGACAGCCUGCUGAAGAAGGCCGAGAGCAGACACAAGCAGCUGGAGAGCAUCCUGGUGGUUGCUCAGCAGUUCCACGAGACGCUGGAGCCCCUGUCUGAGUGGCUGACGGCCACAGAGAAGCGCCUGGCCAACUCCGAGCCCAUCGGUACCCAGACCACCAAACUGGAGGAGCAGAUCUCCCAGCAUAAGGCCCUGGAGGAGGAGGUCCUGGGUCACAGUAAAGACCUGUACCAGGCCAUCAGCCUGGGCCAGAGCCUGCGCGCGGUCAGCAGCGCGGACGACAAGGAGCUGGUGCAGGCGCGGCUGGACGCCACGCAGACGGGCUUCAUCGAGCUGCAGGAGCGCUGCCGCCGCAAGGCCCAGCUCCUGCAGCAGGCCCUGGCCAACGCGCAGCUCUUCGGCGAGGACGAAGUGGCGCUCAUGAACUGGCUGAGCGAGGUGCACGGGCGGCUCAGCGAGGUCGCCGUGCAGGACAGCAGCGCAGAUGUGCUCCAGACUCAGCACGACGAACAGCUGGCUCUCCAUGAGGACAUUCAACUUAGGAAACAGAAUGUUGAUCAGGCCAUUUCCAACGGCAUGGAACUUCUGAAACAGACCACAGGGGACGAGGUGGUUGUCAUCCAAGGCAAGCUGGACGGAAUUAAGAUGAGAUACGCCGAGAUUAACACCAUGAGUAGCAACGUGACGAAAACCCUGGAGCAGGCUCUCUCUCUGGCGUCCAAACUGGAACACACGCACGAGGAUCUCACAAGCUGGCUGGACAAGGUGGAGGCUGAACUGGAGGUCAUUGGGACCCAGGAGCCAGUGGGCGAGCAGCUGACUCAGGUGCAAGAGAGCAGAAAAGGUCUGCUGAAGGAGAUCCGAGACCACAAGCCUCGGCUGGAGAGCCUGAACGAGGUGAGCAGCUCGCUGCUGGAGCUCGUGCCCUGGCGCGCCCGCGAGGGCCUGGACAAGAUGGUCACCGAGGUCAACGAGCGCUACAAGGCGGCCGGCGACGCCAUCGCUCAGCACGUCGACGCCGUCGGCGCCGCCAUACUGAAGUCCCAGCAAUUUGAGCAGGCGGCGGAGAGUGAGCUCACCUGGCUGAACGAGGCGGAGAAGAAGCUGCUGUCUCUGGGCGAGAUCCGGCUGGAACAGGACCAGACCACAGCGCAGCUCCAGGCACAGAAGGGUUUUUCCAUGGACAUUAUGAGACACAAAGAUUCCGUGGACGACAUUGUCAAAACAGGAGAGGCCAUUAUGAGCAGCAAGGAUGAGAUGGAAAAGCAAGCCCUGAAGGCCAGAAUCCAGACGCUGCUGGACCAGUACGGCGCGGUGAGCCAGCUGAACUCGGAGAGGUGUCUGCAGCUGGAGCGCGCCCAGUCGCUGGCCAGCCAGUUCUGGGAGACCUACGAGGAGCUGUGGCCCUGGCUCCAGGAGACGCGCGCCAGCUUCACCCAGCUGCCCGCGCCCGCCAUCGAGUACGAGGCCCUGCGGCAGCAGCAGGAGGAGCUGAGGCAAAUGCGUGAGCUGAUCGCCGAGCACAAGCCUCACAUCGACAAGAUGAACAAGACCGGCCCGCAGCUGCUGGAGCUCAGUCCAGUGGAGGGCGUCCCCAUCAGGGAGAAGUACACGGCCACGGACAAGCUGUACGCCCAGCUGAAGGCCGACGUCAAGCACAGGGCCGGAGCCUUGGACGAGGCCAUCUCCAAGUCCACACAGUUCCACGACAAGAUCGACCCCAUGCUGGAGUCGCUGCAGCGCAUCGCCGAGCGCCUGCGGCAGCCGCCGUCCAUCUCGGUGGAGGUGGAGAAGAUCCGCGAGCAGCUCGGCGAGAACAAGACGCUGACGGUGGACCUGGAGAAGCUGCAGCCGUCCUAUGACACGCUCAAGGAGCGCGGCGAGGAGAUGAUCGCUCGCUCCGAGGGCGCCGACAAGGACAUCUCCGCCAAAGCGGUGCAAGACAAGCUGGACCAGAUGGUGUUCCUUUGGAACGACAUCCAAGCCCUGGUGGAGGAGAGGGAGGCCAAGCUCCUGGACGUCAUGGACCUGGCCGAGAAGUUCUGGUGCGACCACUGCGCCCUCAUUGUCACCAUCAAGGACACCCAGGACCUGCUGCGGGAGCAGGAGGAGCCGGGGGUCGACCCGUCCAUCGUCAAACAGCAGCAGGAGUCAGUGGAGGGUUUCAAAGAGGAAAUAGAUGCACUGCAGGAAGAACUUGAUGUUGUUCGGAACCUCGGGGCAGAACUUAUGUCUGCUUGUGGGGAACCGGACAAGCCUGUGAUCAAGAAGAGCAUUGAUGAGGUGAACUCUGCGUGGGAGACUCUGAAUAAGACGUGGAAAGAGCACAUGGAGCAACUGGAGGAGGCCAUGCAGGCUGCAGUGCAGUUCCAGGACGGUCUUCAGGGCAUGUUCGACUGGGUGGAUAUCCUGGAGAGCAAACUGGACAGUAUGUCACCAGUGGGCACUGACCUGGAGACAGUGAAACAGCAGAUUAAUGAGCUCAAGGAGUUCAAGUCCGAAGCGUACCAGCUCCAGAUUGAGAUGGAGCGGCUGAACCACCAGGCGGGUCUGCUCCUGAAGAAGGUGGUGGAGGAGGCCGACCGCAGUGCCAUCCAGGAGCCCAUGGGGGAGCUCAAGAUGCUCUGGGAGAACCUGGACAAGAAGGUCAUCAACCGCCAGCACAAACUGGAGGGGGGGCUGUUGGCGCUGGGGCAGUUCCAGCACGCACUGGACGAGCUGCUGGCCUGGAUGACGCACACCGAGGGCCUGCUCGGCGAACAGCGGCAGGCCAGCGGAGACCCCAAGGCCAUCGAGAUCGAGCUCGCCAAGCACCACGUGCUGCAGAAUGAUGUCCUGGCUCACCAGAGCACGGUGGAGACGGUCAACAAGGCUGGCAACGACCUGGUGGCCUCCAGCGAAGGUGAGGAAGCCCGGGGACUCCAGUGCAAACUGGACAACCUCGACCAGCGCUGGAAGAACAUUCUAGAAAAGACGGAGCAGAGGAGGCACCUCUUGGACGGUGCCUUACUUCAGGCCCAGGGUUUCCAUGGAGAGAUUGAAGACAUGCAGCAGUGGCUGAAAGACACGGAGCGUCAGCUGUUAGCAUCAAAGGCGGUGGGAGGCUUACCAGAGACGGCGCGGGAGCAGCUUACCGCCCAUCUGGAGCUGUGCGGCACUUUGGAGGCCAAGGAAGAAGUCUACCAGCAGCUCAUGCUGAAAGGCAAGCAGCUGGUCGCCAUGGCGCCCGAGUGUCAGGACAGCAACACGGAACAGGACCUCCGCAACCUGCAGGACAAGUGGGAGUCCGUGCAGGCCAAAGUGGCCGAGAAAAAGGUGAGACUGGAGGAGGCUCUGGUCAUGGCCACGGACUUCCAUAACUCCCUGCAGGACUUCAUCAACUGGCUGACGCAGGCCGAGCAGACCCUCACCAUGGCCUCCCCCGCCUCCCUCAUCCUGGAGACCAUCAUGUUCCAGAUCGACGAGCACAAAGUGUUUGUGACCGAGGUGAACUCCCACCGCGAGCAGAUCAUCGAGCUGGACAAGACGGGCACACACCUCAAGUACUUCAGCCAGAAGCAGGACGUGGUGCUGAUCAAGAACCUCCUGCUCAGCGUCCAGGGCCGCUGGGAGAAGGUGGUCCAGCGUUCCGUGGAGCGCGGACGCCUACUGGAUGAGGCCAGGAAGCGCGCCAAACAGUUCCAUGAAAACUGGAACAAGCUGACGGAGUGGCUGGAGGAGUCGGAGAAGAAUCUGGACUCGGAACUGGAGAUCGCCAACGAUCCCGACAAGAUCAAGACGCAGUUGGCCCAACACAAGGAGUUCCAGAAGGCCGUGGGCAGCAAGCACUCGGUGUACGACACCACCACCCGCACGGGCCGCGCCCUCAAGGACAAGACGACGCAGCAGGAUGACCUCACCAAACUGGACGACAUGCUGAGCGAGCUGCGGGACAAAUGGGACACGGUGUGCGGCAAAUCCGUGGAGAGACAAAACAAGCUGGAGGAGGCGUUGCUGUUCUCUGGUCAGUUCACGGAUGCCCUGCAGGCUCUGAUCGACUGGCUCUACAAAGUGGAGCCCCAGCUCGCUGAAGACCAACCAGUGCACGGAGACAUCGACCUGGUCCUGAAUCUCAUCGACAGCCACAAGGUCUUUCAGAAGGAGCUGGGCAAGAGGACGGGCAGCGUGCAGGCCCUGAAGCGCUCGGCCCGCGACCUCAUGGAGAGCAGCACCGACGACUCGUCCUGGGUCAAAGUUCAAAUGCAGGAGCUGGGCACGCGCUGGGACACGGUGUGCGCCCUCUCUGUGUCUAAACAGACCCGGCUGGAGCAGUCUCUGUGUCAGGCCGAGGAGUUCCACUCCAGUGUCCACAUCCUGCUGGAGUGGCUGGCCGAGGCUGAGCAGAGUCUGCGUUUCCAUGGCAGCCUGCCCGACGACGAGGAGGCUCUGCAAGCUCUCAUCGAGCAGCACAAGGAGUUCAUGAAGAAGCAAGAGGAGAAGCGUGUCGCCCUGACCAAAGCCACGAGCAUGGGGGAAGCCAUCCUGUCCAUCUGCCAUCCAGACUCCAUCACCACCAUCAAACACUGGAACACCAUCAUUAAAGCCCGGUUCGAGGAGGUGCAGGCCUGGGCACGGCAGCACCAGCAGAGGCUGGCGGCCGCCCUCACCGAGCUGCAGAGCACCCAGGAGCUGGUGGAGAACCUGCUGGGUUGGCUCCAGUGGGCCGAGACCACGCUCAACACCAAGGACAAGGAGCCCAUGCCCCAGGAGAUCGACGAGGUCAAAACGCUCAUCGCCGAACAUCAGGCCUUCAUGGAGGAAAUGACCAGGAAGCAACCUGAUGUGGAUAAAGUCACCAAAACCCACAAGAGAAAGCCAACAGCAGAGACUGCUGCUGCAGCUAUACAGUCCCAUAUACCUGUCCUGGAGAAAGGACGCACCCCAGGAAGGAAACGCUCUCCCACCCAAACCAUGUACACUGCGGCGACCCAGACGCAGGUGGAGACCAAGAACCCGCGGGUCAACCUUCUGGUCAGCAAGUGGCAGCAGGUGUGGCUCCUGGCUCUGGACAGGAGGAGGAAACUCAAUGAUGCUCUGGACCGGCUGGAGGAGCUGAAGGAGUUUGCCAACUUUGACUUUGACGUGUGGCGGAAACGCUACAUGAGGUGGAUGAACCACAAGAAGUCGCGGGUGAUGGAUUUCUUCCGACGCAUCGACAAAGACCAGGACGGCAAAGUCACCCGGCAGGAGUUCAUCGAAGGCAUCCUCUCCUCCAAAUUUCCAACCAGUCGCUUGGAGAUGAGCGCCGUAGCUGACAUCUUCGACCGGGACGGCGAUGGCUACAUCGACUAUUAUGAGUUUGUGGCCGCCCUUCAUCCAAACAAAGAUGCCUACAAACCCCUCACAGACGCAGACAAAAUAGAAGACGAAGUGACUCGUCAAGUGGCGAAAUGUAAAUGCCCUAAACGAUUCCAAGUGGAACAAAUCGGAGCAAACAAGUACCGGUUCUACCUUGGAAAUCAGUUUGGAGAUUCCCAGCAGCUCCGACUGGUCCGAAUCCUCCGCAGCACUGUCAUGGUCCGGGUGGGAGGCGGCUGGAUGGCGCUGGACGAGUUCCUGGUCAAGAACGACCCGUGUCGAGUUCAUCACCACGGGAGUAAAAUGUUGCGCUCGGAAUCAAACUCGUCAAUUACUCAGUCUCCUAUAGGUUGGCACCUCUCACAAUUUCUCUCCUUGGUCCAUCCCAGUGCGAAAGGCAGGACGAAUGUGGAGCUUCGGGAGAAGUUCAUCCUCCCAGAGGGCACCACUCAGAUGAUGGCCAGCUUCCGCUACAGGGGUCGGAGGUCGCGGCCGUCGUCCAGGGCCGCGUCCCCUAACAGGUCAAACUCCAGCCACAGCUGUCCUGCACAGCACAACCAACCACCGCAGAGCAGUACCCCUAAGACCCAACACAUAACCCGCAAUUAUGAUAAACCCUGGCUGACAAACAGCAAACCCUCCCCUCUUAAAUCAUCCGACUCCUUUGAAAGCCAGGGGUCGUCCUCAGAGGGUACUCCCAUCCAGGGCAGUAAACUCCGACUCCCAGGGUACCUUUCAGGAAAGGGCUUCCAGUCCGCAGAGGAAGGCACCCUGAUAUCUGCUGCAGUACUGAAAGCAAGGGGUCAGGGAUUUGAUUCCAAAAAGGGCUUCAGCCGACCCGGAAGUAAAGCCGGUAGCCGCGGCAGCAGUCGCCGGGGGAGCGACGCAUCGGACUUCGACAUCUCCGACAUCCAGUCAGUGUGCUCGGACGCGUCCGAGUCCGUGCCCGACUCCGGCAGCCGGCAGGCCACACCACGCUCGGCCCCCAGAGCGCACGGGGGCAAGCCCUCCAAAAUCCCCACACCACGGAGGUCCACCCCCACCACGAGCAAACUGGCCAAGACCUCCAAAAGAUAGUCAGGACCUCCCCACACACUCACUCAGCAUCAACACACAGACUGGAGACACGUAGACUGACACUUAAAAAAGGACUCUGUACUAGUUAGUAACUUAAAAAAAAAGUGUAGCAAGAUGUAAAAUAUUCCAAUGGGAGAAAAGAAUGUGGUUUCAUGUCGAGCGUGAAUGGAAUGCCAAUGGCCUUGUGUGUAUUUGACUGUAUUUUAUUUCAUGUGAAUAAUGUCCUGUCAGAUUAUUGUGUUAUUAUUAUUAUGUUGAUUGUUAUUAUUUUAUUGACGCUUUUCCUGUAAAGGUGGGGCAAAAAAUGAACAAAAAACUGUACAUUGUGAGUUAAACUAACAAUUUUACACGAGUUGUGCUCUGAAAGAGAUGCUGAAUGUACUGUAUUUUUUUUUUCAAGCUGACAUGCGCGGGACAGGCAGUGCGUCACUGUACUCUGCUAAGGCAACACUAUUAUUUAUUCAUCUAUUUAAAAGUGCAAUGAAGUGCUGCCGAUACACAUAUAAAGGGCAAAACGUAAUAUAAUGUACAAAAAAAAUCAUAACCACAGCAAAUACAUUCUGAAAACGUACAAAAAAAAUAAUAAUGCAAACUGUGCAAGCUACUAAACACAGCAGUAACCCUGAACUUAUGGCCUUUACUCUCUUGUCAUACUCACUCUGUGCACCUGCAGUUAACAUUUUCUUUUGAUUAACUUACCGCAGUGUGUAUGCGUGUGUGUGUGUGUGUGUGUGCGUGUGUGUGUGUGUGUGUGUGCGUGUGUGUGUGUGUGUGCGUGCGUGCGCACCAUGAACCUCUGGACAGGGGUCUCUCGAGACUCUGAAAAGUAGACAUUCAUAAGUGCAUUCAUGUUGGUGUACUGUAUGGUUCAUUUUGCCUGAGUGGAAAGGAUUACCCUUAAACCUUGUUUUUGUAAUAAAUAAAUCUGCUUGGAGAAAGCCACAGUGGUAUA